CCUGACACAUUUCGACGUUAGCUGCGAACUAGAAAGGUUUCCGUUGUUCACACCACGCUAUCUAUCCGUUAUAGACAAAAAAUAUCCAAAUUGAUACCUCGCAAAGACCGUCAGUGUUGGUACAAAUGUUCUUCAUUCGCGCCACCUAGGACGACAGACAGACACUGUUAGAUCUAUAGAGAGCCGUAUCAUAUCGGCACUAAGGAAACUUCAAAAACAGUUUUAAACAUUUCUAAAUGGAUUUUUCUCUUUUCUCCUGAAAACUGCCGUUUUAAUAUUUUUCAGGAAAGUAAUACUUAACUUUUGUUUUCUACCAUCAACAGGACAUAUAAUCUGAUUGACAUUCAAGAAUUUGUGAGGUGGUUUUAUAUCUGGAUGCAUAUUAAGACGUUUUUUAAAUUGGAUUAGAAAAGACAUUUUUACAAGAGAUUAUGGAGAAAGUAACGAUACGUUUUCUCGCCGUUUCCUUUGUGCUGUUUCUAUGUUUCGCCUCUGUCGACUGCCAGUGGGGAUUUGGACUCGGGAAAGGUGGUGACUUGGACUGGCUCGUGUCAAAUAUGGGAGAACUGGAUAAGUUUGACCUAAGUCAGAAUCGCGAUAAAUCUGGUGGUAUAGCUAUCCCAAAACAACACCAGACACCAGGACGAAUGGCAAUAGGAAGGCGCUAUGGACGUUUUAUCCAGUCUGCCGAUGACAGCAGUGAGCCAAGUGACAGCAGCAGCAGCAGCAGCGAAGAAAUAUCUGUCGGGAAUGGUGAUACUAUAUACAGUAGAUUUCUAGAAAAUAGACAAAACAAUAAUAAUGAUGGAUUGGACAAUCAACAAGGCGGAGGAGAAGGAUACAAUAAUGAAGGCGAGGAACAUGUUUACAAUGGUGAAACCGGAACUGAAAGUGAAACUCAAACCGGCGAUAAUUGGAACUUCAAUGAUAACUCACAAAAUCGACAGUCAGGAUCAGAGCAUUCCGCGUGGCACAGAAAUGGAGGAAAUGGAGAGGGAUCACAGUAUAAUGCACAGGAAAUGCAGAGUAAUCAAGGUGUUACCUACGAUAAGCGUAGCCCGCAAGCUCAUCCUGGUCAGCAAGGCCGAGCAGGCCAGGGAAGGCAGCAAAGUCAACAGGGUCAACGCGGAGGUCAAGGUCGGUCAGGUCAGCAUAGAUUUCGUAACUGGGCGGAUUAUCAGCGUCAACAAGAAAGGAACAAUCUAGGAGAAGAAUACGAGCGUGAAGACGUGACACCAAUAAAUAACUCUAACGGAGGUCACGGGCAAAGUGGCUCACAGGGUCAAGGUCAAAACGAAGCUGAGGAUAGAAUGCCCCACGCUGGUAAUCAAUCUCCAGCAUCAAAUGGCUUUGCUUAUGAAGCUAUUGAACCAGAAGAUAGAACAACUCCAGCUGUGACCUCAAACAAGAAGACAACACCUUCACAACAGGAAUAUGAAGCAGAAGAUGUCACAACAAGCGCUCCGGGUGGUUCAGUCACCAGUGGACGAGUUACCUUUCAACGGAGUACUACAGAGGAAUAUGAAAUGGAAGGAAGCAGGCCAACAACGUCUGCUCCAAAGGCAAACAAAGAAAAUUAUAAUACGUGGGAGAGUGGGAUGAACCCUAACGGAGGUAAACCCAUUCGGACAGGACCGGGUGGCAGAGCACCAGGUCCCAACUCCCGUGGUAGAUGGGUAAAUAUAGGCCAGAUGCCUUAUCCACGAAAGGCAAAUAAUGCUGUAAAAAGAAAUGAAUGGAGUGCAUAUGCUAGCUCAGUGGAUGGAAGUAGUCCAGGAAACGGAAUUCAACCUCGGCAAUCAUCGGUAGACGUUAACCCUAACAAGAGACAGCCGACUCCAAAACAAGGCAGGAUUGCUGAACCGGUAAAUAACAGGCAGACAUUGUCAGGGAAUGGAAACAGUCCAGGUCGACAAGGACUUACAGAUACCUGGGUAGGGCCCGAUCAGAAUCCAAAUCAGAAACCAUCAGAGAAUGCGGCGGUGGGUUCAUGGUUGGAUACAGUGUCUAAUACACAAAUGAAUCUACCUAGUCAACCAAUGAAACCUAAUCCGGCGAAUAAUAAUCAACAGCCAAAACAGGAGCCAUUAGUACGACCAUCAGACCGUAUUCCUUCUCAUGCUAGACCAGCGUUCCAAAGCGGUCGUCAUCCUGCGUCCGUGAGACCCAUGUUCCCUAAUCGUCAUAACCAAAUAGCCAAACCAACCUCUCCUAACGGGCAGAGAUUACCACCAGUGAAGUCUUCUUCUUUCCCUGCUACACGUAACAAGCCAUCGACACCUACCAGAUGGAGGCAACAACCGAUACGACCAGCACAACCAAGUGGAAGAAAGCCGGAACAAACGGCGCAGAGACCAUCGUGGACAGGUGGUUCUCCAAACAAUGUACGACAGUUACCUCAAGACGGCUGGAUCGAUCCACCAGUUUGGCAGGACAAGACGCCUAGGCAACCAAUCCAAAAAACGAAUACAAAACCUAAAAAUCAACCAUGGAAUAGUGGUCGAAUUAGUAACGUACCGGGACCGGUCCAACAUCAUCGUAAGCCUUUGGGAGGGCGGGACUUUCAAAGGAAACCAUGGAACGGUAAAAACUUAAAUAAGCCUAAUAACCAGCCGAGGCAGCCAAAACAUGUAAUGAAGAAACCGGAAAAUGAUAUACUCACUUCUACACAAUCAACAUGGAGAGGUGUUCCUGUGUCGCCAACACUGAAUAUUAUUGACCCGAAAUUUUCUGGUCAGAUGCCUACACGUAGAGGUAAAAAUCCACCAGCAUGGACAAACCCGCCAUCAGACUCAGCAGGUAGACAUCCGGUUAAUCGUGACAACAUUCCAAAUGAGAAACCAUCGGGCUCUAUUCCAAACCAAAGGGAUCAACCAGUUGUCAACGACAUCAACAAGAGUGUACAACCAUCAAAACCUAUUGACAGUGGUAAACACAUGUACCCUAAUGAUAUCUCUAAAAAUCCAUCCUGGGGAGGAGACAUCAUCAGUCCAUUCAGUGGAGAUUUUGUCACAGAGAAACCUAUGGUAGGCGGUACCAAAGUCAGUAAGAGACCCGAUACCGGUCAGGUGACAGUUGCAUUGAAACUCCACGUUUCUGAUGCUAGUGUGCCUAAGUUGCAAGUCAAUGAUUGGGGGAACACCCCUCAACGUGGGGACUUUGUCUACAAACCAAAACCGGCCACAGUACCACAGGGACAUAAACCUAAGGGCAGCAGGAACACCAAUAGGAUAAAUACCCCAGACCGCUUUCACGCCAACCCGGAUAAGCCAACUUAUCGAGACAUAGAGACCAGCACGUUCUCAGUCAUUAAUCCAAAUUCAAAAACAUCUCAUACUGGUCCCGCCAUUGUCCGACCUACAAAGAACAACAGACGCCCAUUGAAUCAGCAAAACAGACGUCAACCACCUGUUAAACAAGAACCAGUAAAAAAUAAUAAUGAACAUCUCAAACAGAUUAAGAAUUUAAUUAAUAAACAACACCCGGCUACAGUAAUUAAACAAUUCAUCGAAAUGACGACGGCGAAUAGCUUUGGCGUUUCUGGUACACAGGAACACAAUAGUCUUAUCACGAACAUUGAUGACACAUUAUCAUCAGAUAACCCUCAGAUUAUUAACCUUCUCAGAGACAUAGCACGGGCGAACAAACGAGCAGGUACCGGUCACCAACAGCAAGGGGUUCCACAGAACGAUGUGAUAGCUAAAAUGUCGUCAACGGCAGUAUUAGGUAAUCGUCCUAAAACGUUAGAUAUGGCUUCAAGUCAUGGAAGCAUUGUCGACGGUGUUGACGCCGAGGCUCUUCUCAACAGUAAUGCCAAUCUACACGGCAUCAUAAACAGCAAGAACCCUGGAUUAUCGAAACCAUCGGCUGCUAAUUCCAUAUUAACUACAAGGUUAGAGAGUACAAAAAAUAAGCCACCUUACCCAGGAUUCCCUGCAGCAGGAAAUGAUGAUGCAGUGAAUUUCGGCGAGCUAAGCAUGACAGUUAAACGUGUUAAUGGAGAGCCAAGACCGGUGGAAAAUGUGGAGCUUGGCCAACUAAAGAAUGUAAAUGCGGGUCAAGGAUCCAGUAAAAAUGUGAUCAAUAUUAAAAAUGGCCGUACUAUAGCCCCGGUUAAUCCGACACCUGAAUCAGUAACACCAAAGUCAUGGUCGGAAUAUAACCCCGACCCAUGGCAGAAGGGUGUUAACACCAAACCAAGCACACAAUCAAAUAUUCCAGGCUCAGCAGCAGGAGGACAAAACGGGAACUACACAGCUUCAAGAGAUAAAGGAGGUCGACAGAAUGUAUCGGGCACCACAGAAAGACAACAGACCGCGCCAGUAGUUCAAAGACAGUUUCAAACAGUAUUAACGGCACAAAGGAGGAGACAAGGAGGCGGCGGUGUCUGGAGAAGUGCUGCUGGUGGAGAAGGGGCCUGGAAGGUAGCGGCGAGGAACGAGGCCAGAGAGCUGGUCUUGGAGAAGGAGGGACAUUGGAACUCAUUAUCACAUGGCACCCGAGACCAAAAAGUCGCCAAGUCCGACAGCAGACUCCGUUCGGGAUGAGGAAGCAGUUUAUCACGAGGAUGCAUUACGUUCCUGUGGUGACAUAUGUGAAUGCAAGGUGACGUCACAUCCGGUCCUAACAUGAACUAAAGAUGGUUUGUGACCUCGUGGAGAAAACUGUAGAAGAGUAGAAUUUGUGACAUAAAAAGUUGACAUGACACCUAAUGUUUGCAAAAAAAUAAAUUAUGAUACAUCACUCUGAUGUAUGUUAAAAUACUACAGGGUUUUAAAUAUUAAUGUUCAAUUAUAGUAACUUCAUAUAGUCAAGUGUAUAUGUGUGUGUCCGACAUUUGCAGUGUUUAUAAUAGGACGAACCUCAUUUAUCUAUUAUUGUACACAUGUGGAAAGCUUUUGUGUGGUAUGUAAUUGGUAAUGACUGUAUACCAAUUAAUAUAUGUAUAAAUGUGCGUGUGUAUGACUUACCGUCAAUUUGCACGUGUUUGUUACAUAUUUAUUUCGCUUUGCUUAAAGUAAAAUGAAUUACCGCGAAAGUAAUUAUCCAGUAUAUUUUCUCUCGAAAUGUGACUAGCGGGAUUUCAAAUUUAAAGCAAUGACAUUAGAAAACAUUCCUAUAAUUAUAAUACAUGCGGAACUGUUGUGUUUAUUAAAAAGCGACAAUUCAGCAAUAGUACCAUAUAUUGCUUUAUUUGCAGACACAGUACACAUAGUUCGGAGGGGUAUUGUUACGUAACUUGUUUGUGAGAGUAACGUCAUCAAUGUUUGAGAAAACGACGUAAUUUUCUCACACAAAUCAAUGAUGUAAC